AUGCCCGCACCAAAUACUGCCGAGGAGGGCCCUCCGCCGGAGCAUGAGCAGGCGGGAGCCACGGCCGGGGCUAGCGCACAGGCCACCCAAGGCGUCGGCGCAGUCAGCAUUAAGCUCCCCCCUUUUUGGAGGGGAGACCCGGAGGUAUGGUUUGCCCAAGCCUCUGCUCAGUUUGAGACUAGAGGCAUAACCAGCGAGCAGACCAAAUACGCCUAUAUUAUAGCGACAUUGCCGUCGGAUGUUGCGCUCGAGAUCCGCGACAUAUUGAUUAGUCCACCCCCGAUCAAGCCUUAUACUGAGCUGCGUGCCCUGCUCAUAUCGCGAAUGACCUCCUCUGAACAGCGCCGAGUUCAGAUGUUAUUGAAUGAAGAGGAAUUAGGCGACCGAAAACCUAGUCAACUUCUGAGGCGCAUGCAGCAGCUGCUAGGCAUGCAGCAGCUAGAGAAGGGGAUUUUGCGGGAAUUGUUUCUGCAGCGCCUGCCACAGAAUGUCCGCCUCAUUCUGGCAUCAUCAAGCGACGCGCUUCCGCUUUCUGAGUUGGCCAAUUUAGCCGAUAAAAUUCUAGAAGCGUCAAUUCCCGUCACUGGAAUUUCAGCACCCAGCGCCACAGUCGCAGCUGUAUCUAACUCUAACCCCGAUCUUCAACACCAAGUCCUUGAGCUCACGAAAAUGGUGAAGGAGCUGACUGCCACUGUCGGUCGCAUGCGGAGCCGAAGCCGAAGCCGCAGCAUGAGCAGUAACCGUAAGCGCGACUCAUCCGGUAGUAAAUCAGCGAGCACUUCAGAAUUGUGCUGGUAUCAUGAGAAGUGGGGUGAGAAGGCUCACCAGUGCCGCCCACCAUGCACAUAUAGCAAGCCGGCGGAAAACAACUAG